GAGCUGGCAACACCAAUUUCAUGAGGACAGAGAGAAAGGUACAACAUGCAAUAUGAUACUUUGUCACUGUCCUCACUCAGGUCCCCAUACCUGGGAAGGGCUUGGCCGGGCUUUGACAACCGCUUCGCCUCACACGCUGCUCUCUACCAGCAGACAGCUCUCAGAAGAACAGCAUUACGUGGCGGGAGGCCCUGAAGUCUGAGCCAGGGCCAUGGAGGGCUCUGUGCUGAGCCCCACGUCCUGGGAGAAGCGGCGGGCCUGGCUCCGGCAGAGCCGCCACUGGCAGACCCAGGUCUUGGAAGAGGAGGCCGGGGCUGUCCUGCAAGAUGUCUCAGAUCCUGAGCCUUCCAGCCUGGAUGACGUUUUCCAGGAAGGGAAUCCGAUCAGUAAGAUUGAAGACUGGCUACAGGACUGCGGGUACUCUGAAGAAGGGUUUUUUGAGGAAACAGGACAGUCAGGCUACAGUGGGUGCCUCAGCCAUGGAACCAGCUUCGAAGAUGAUUUGACCCUAGGAGCAGAGGCCACACUGUUGGCCGCCAAUGGCAAAGUCUUCUCCAGGAGUCUCCUGGAGACAGCCCGGCCCUUCCAGCUACUGGAUCUUGGCUGCAGUUUGGCUUCCAGCAGCAUGACCAGUGGGACCAACAAGACUAGUUCAAGCAUCUCUGAGAUUCUGGACAAGGUGCAAGAAGAUGCAGAAGACAUCCUCUUCAGUCUGGGCUUUGGCCAAGAGGACCACAAGGACAAUUCUCGGAUUCCCGCCCGAUUUUUCACUACCCCUUCUCAGGCCAAAGGCAUUGAUUUCCAACUCUUCCUGAAGGCCCAGGUGCGGAGGGUUGAGACGGAGGACCCUUGCCUCAUGCUGGCCAGCAGGUUUAAGCAGGUGCAAACACUGGCCGUCACUGCUGAUGCCUUCUUCUGUCUCUACUCCUAUGUGUCUAAGACACCUGUCCAAAAGUUCACACCAUCCCACAUGUUCUGGAACUGCAACCCUGAUGUGCCAUCCAUCAAGAUUCUGGCUCCACAACCUGAACCUCAGUCACCCAGAGAGCGCCUCCGGAAAGCCAUCUCCAAGAUGUGCCUGUAUACAUGUCCCCGAGACCGGCUAUCAGCACCCCAUAAUAUCACCAAAAAGAACAGUUUGGACCAAGUGGUACGGGAAGUGAUGGACAGAGUGAGAGGAGAUAAACUGGUCUUCCAACAAGACCUUGGGUUUGGGCCAGGCUCAGAGGAAGAUCCCGUUCCUCCCACCAGGGACACAAAGCUGCCCACUUCUUCUGGUCCAUGUGCCCUUUGCCAUAAAGAGGAAACACAGCAGGGGAUAUCCACAAUGCAAACACCAUCACAAACUCUGGAUUCGAACCCAGAGGCAACCUGUUGCACACAUUCUUUGCCCAAAGCAGAUCUACAGUGGAGCACAGACCCUGCACAGGUGAAGAGAGAGCUGUGGGGUCUACAGGCCACUAGUAAGGAAGUCCAUUUAGCCAAGGAUGCGACUUUCUGGAAAAGAAAGAGCAGAGCAAGAAAGAGCCUGUUUCAGGAGAAUCCCAUGAGCAGGAUGGUUAAGUCAUUGGACUUGUCCAUCAUCCAGCAGAGCCAAGAGCACCCAGCACUGCACCCAUCUCUAACCCAGCAGCUGCAGGACACUUGUGACUUGGAGGACAUGAGAGGGUUGGGGGCAGGAGAGAGGCUGGCAGAGAAAGGCUUUGUAUUCUUGCCAUUGGGUAAAGGGAAUCCAGGCUCCCUGUCCUCGCCAGAUAUCCCAAUUCUUGAACUACAUUCGGAAACUUUUGGGAGUAGGUUAAUGGAGAAGGAUUAAUAGGUGUGAUUUCUUAAGAGCAUCCAGGUUUCCAGAACUUUUCUAAUUCCUCAUCUGAUCUGAUCUUCACUGAAGUUUCUCAUCAAGCACACCUGUCUAUCAUUUGUGGGAUCAGCACAAGAGUAUAAAUAGAGGUCGAUUAUACACUAAGCUAAACACUAUGAAAUAAAGUAUGUUCUCUUCUACAUCAAUAAAUAUGUAACCAUAAAGACCUGGAAGUCCAGGUUCAAAUUUAAAUUCUCAGACUCUUCGGAUUUCUGUGCUAGAACACAGCAGUGUGGGCAGAGCCACUCCCUAGUUCCUGGACUGUCACCUUCUCUUCCCACGCCCAGAUCUGUCCUAAACCACAAAGACUUUGCUUAUAGAUGUGUGAGCACCCCAGCCUGCAUAUCCAAAAGCUACACACACAAAAUAGCCAUCUACUCACAAAAAUAGCCAUCCGCUGGUCAUCACUCAUGCCUAGGAGUGCAUACGUUAGUCCAGAGGUUAACCUUUUAAGACAACAGAUAUCAGGCAAAACCAGUGCAAUUCCCUGAAGAAGCCUUGAAGCCAUCUGAGCACAAUAUCUGGGCAUCCUUUGUAACCAGAACAUGUUCUAGAAGGGGUAGUGCAGGAUCCAGGUGGGCAUAUCAUGUAGGUCCACCAACUCUUCAUCCUGUGAACUCUCAAAAACCUAAGACCUCUCUUGCCUGGGACUAUAGACAGUACUGCCAUCAAAUGCUGAGCUCUCUUGGGAAAGUUCUCAGACCCUUGCCACAAAGAGAAGCUGUGAUGAUUUGUAAUAUCGUUUGCAUGUAUGUCACCUCUCACUGGACAUAGAGCUGCACCUCAGCUCCUGCGUUCCUCACUACCACAUUCCUGCCAAGACAGAAGAAUCCAAGUCUCUCAAGUACACUCAGCCUCUUUCCCCUAUGGCCACCUGCCAUCCAACACCUUUCCCCACUGGCUCUGGGUUCUGCUGGGAUCUUGGUUACAGGUGCAAAGCCAUAGUGAGGACGAAGAGAGCUGCCGGCCCAACAGUCCCAGACACCCCCACCUGUACCAGAUGUGCCAGCAAAGACUCAGGCAGUAAGUGGGUCUCUCCCUCCUCUCUCUCUCUCUCUCUCUUUCCCUUCUGCCCUCCCUCAGGCAGUGAUUCUCAGACCUGGCUGCAUAUUGUGAUUGCCCAGGAAAAUUUUUUUAAAUACCCAUGACGAAGGGUCUCACAUCCUGUGAUUCUGAUUUAAUUGACAUUAAUUAAAUGUCAUGGCAUGGAAACCAGUGCCUGACCUUUUGUUUUUAAGCUCCUCAGGUGAUUCUACUAUGGCUGGUUAGAUACUUCUUUAGUUCAGUGGUUCUCAGACUUCAGCAUCAGAAUCACCUGGAGGGCUUAUUGAACUACAGAUGUCUGGGCCCAAAUCCCAGAGUUUCUGAUUGAGUAGCCCUGGACAGGGCCCAAGAAUUCGCAUUUGUAACAAAUUCCCAGGUGAUGCUGAUGCCACUGGUCUUGUAAUCACAGUCUGAGAACUGUUCUGGGGUAAAUUCUGUAUAACCUUCAUAUUCCAAACGUAGCCUGCAGACUGGCAGCCCUAUAGCAUCACUUGGGAUUUUGUUAGAAAUGUAGAAUCUCAGACCCCACCCCAGAUCUCAGGAAUCACAAUUUUAUCAAGACCCUUAGGUGGUUUAUUUGCAUGCUGAAGUUUGAGAAGCAUUGCCGGAGUUUUUAACCAUAAAGAGCUACGUCCUGGCUCCUGCUUAGGGCUACAUUCUAAUCAGCCCACAUCACCACAUGGGGAAGGCCCCGUGUAUCUCGCAGCUAUGUUCCCCUAAACUCUGAGCUCCUUCCAGUAGGUCUGAUGUCCACAGUUCUCCUUCCCUUGUCAAAGAAGGAUAACAAAUCUCACAUAGGUGGUUAUUGCAGCUAAAAUGUCUUUCCUUUCAAUGCGAGUUUGAGUAUUAACUGUGUCACUUAACUGUGUUCAUUAACUUUGAACGCUUUGGCUAAAGAUUCAUUAUUUAAACUAAGUAUAAGUGAGGCUCCUGUAGUCUUUACCACCUAUCCCCUAGGACCAUAGAGAAGAUGGCAUCAGGAAAAAAUUAUUUUUCUAAGAUAGCAGGACUUGAAAUCCUUCUUGAAUUAAGGCAAUGAGUCUUGCUUAGAGUUCCUUCCAUUUUGAAUCUCUUAGUACUAUUGACUGCACUUCCUUGCCCAAUAGUCAUUUUGGGUCAGUACUCGAAAUUUACUGUGUUACUUGUCCAGAAUCACAGAGAUCUUUACAUUUCUAGCUCUUCUAACUUUCUGUGAUUGUAGAGCCCUAGUUGCUUUUCUUUCUCUCUUACUCAUUACUUUCAUCUCCAGAUAUAUAAAUUGUAUGUAUACAGUAGUCACUCACAAAAGAAGUAAAUAUCAGAAGGCAGCAAUAUAUUAUAUAUAGUUGGGAGAAGUUUAGGAUAUGGAGUCAAACGACCCAUUCUAUACUUACUCAAUGAUCUUGUAAAAAUCACUUAACUUUAAUUUUAUCCUACAUAAGAGGAGACUAAUAAUAAUUGUGUGUGUGUGUGUGUGUGUGUGUGUGUGUAUGGACUGGACAUUUAUGUAGAGUUUCAACCCCUUAUAGAGAGUUCGUGAAGGCAAUGUAACAUAUUAGAACAACAAUGGUGUUGCUGAUUUUAGAAAAGGUAAUCAUGGGCAUAAAAUAUUUAGAUCAGUGAUUCUCAGUCCUACAAGGUUUUUUUUAACUGCUAUUUCCUGGAGUCCAACCAAUAGAGUUAAAUGCAAAUCUCUAAGGUUUGGACUUGGGCAUCAUUUAUUCUUCUUUUAAAGCUUUCCUAUUGCUGCAUAGCAAACCAUCUAAAAGGUAGUGGCUUAAAGAAAACGUUGUUUCUUAUUUCUCACUAUUUUGUCGGUUUACUGGAAGAUUCCCCUGUUUGUCUCACCUGGGCUCACUUAUGCAGCUGUUUUGGACUAUUUGGCUGGGCUGGAUUGGAAGGUCAAAAAUGGACUCCCCCACAUGUCUGGAACCUUAGUGUUGACUGUCAAAGGGAGCCCUCUCCAUGUGGUGUGUCUUUCUUUGAUAGUCUAGCUUGUCUUUCCUAUUUUGCUGAAUUCCUAAAUUCAUCAAAAACUGAAAUUCCAAUGCUUCUAUUUACGGGUAUGUUGCAAGUUUCACAACGUCCCCUUUACCACAUGUUAUUGGUCAAAUCAAGUCACAAGACCAAACUGAAUUCAAAGGGAAGGAAAAACAGACUUUUUUUUUUUUUUUUUUACAUUUUUAUUCAUUUUUGAGAGACAGAGGGAGACAGAGUGUGAGUGGGUAGGACGGAGAGAGAGAGGGAGACACAGAAUCCGAAGCAGGCUCCAGACUCUGAGCUGUCAGCACAGAGCUCAACAUAGGUCUCAAACUCAUGAACCACAAGAUCAUGACAUGAGCCGAAGUCAGACGCUCAACCGACUGAGCCACCCAGGCAUCCCCAGACUCUAUUUUUUAAUAGGAGUGGCAAGAUCACAUUGCAAAAAACCAUGUGGAUGGGAGGGUUGUCAUGCCACUUUACAAACGGUCCAUCACAAUGAUCUCAGUGCACCGUGAGGAUUAAGAAUAACUGCUUUCAUGGGGCACCUGGGUGGCUCAGUCGGUUGAGCGUCUGACUUCGGCUCAGGUCAUGAUCUCGCGGUCUGUGAGUUCAAGCCUCCCUGUCGGGCUCUGGGCUGACAGCUCAGAGCCUGGAGCCUGCUUCGAAAUCUGUGUCUCCCUCUCUCUCUGCCCCGACCCUGCUCACACUCUGUCUCUGUCUCUCAAAAAGUGAAUAAACAUUAAAAAAAAUAUAUUAAAACAAAAAAGAAAGAAUAACUGCUUUCAUUAAAGAGCUUACUCCUCACAUAUUAAAGAUACACUGGGGGUAAGUUUUCAUUCUAUAGCUAACUCAGACUCAGCCACAGCAUACAAAUUUGAAAAGGAAAUUAAUUGCUAGACUUACCACGUUAAAAUAGAAACUGCGGAGUCUGUGCUCCACAGCUAGGUUUCUUUGCCACUGACUUAAUUUACUCUGAAAUACAAAGCUUUGCGCAAGUGUUAUUUGUCCAGCAGAUGUCAGCCUCACACAAGAAAAUGCCAAGAUGUCUGGCAAAGCAGGCCGUGUGCAGGUUCUAUGUUUUACUUUCUGGGCAGUACCUACAACACCCGGGACACCGGUUCCUCUCACAAAACUGUCCUCCAGGGAAAAAGUAUUGUUAGGAGUUGUAAAUUUUAGAUAAGGAAUCAGAUUCUGUUUUCUGCCAGGGACAUGUGGUUAGAAAUGAUGUAUUUCCCUUAUUCUAAGGACUGCAUUUUUCCACAUUUUAAUAUCUCUGAAAUAGAAUGGGUCUUACAACUGACAGUGCCGAUGUCUAUUUUUUAUUCCUCUUUAGUGAAAUAUAAAAUAAAGGAGUCUUGCAAAA